UCUGAUAGUAAUUUUAAAAAUUGGAGGGAAAGUUGGAACCAAAGAAAAGUUUGUUCUAAAAUUUUCUAAUCGUGGUAAAUACAACGACAAAAACAAUUGGAAACAGUUGGAUGCUUAUGUCCAUAGCAAGAUCUCGUUAUUCUCGUUGUUUGUACUCUACCAGUGGUUGGCGGCACUGACACAUUGCUAGGUUAAGGUUCUUUGGAUGUAGUUGUUGAUAUCCCAUGAUUUUGUAACUGUCAUCUAUGUAUAAUGGCUGAUAAACAAAUUGAUAGUUUGAUAAAAACUGUUAAGCGAACUGAGCUUAAUUUGCAUGGAAAAUUGAAGACCAACUUUUUAAAGUGUUAUCCUCAUCAUUCCGUACCUGCGCAUAAUUUGAAUAAUAUUUAUCAAGAUGACACUAAUAGUAUUAACGAUGAUAUUUUACAUCAAGAAUUCCCGUAUCACUCUGACUUACCGAAGCCUUUAUUGCCACCUGUUAGAUUACCACGAUCAGUUUUGUGCGGAGAAGAUCCAGCUUUGCAGCUGAUGUUAACCAAAGCACAAAUGAUGAAUGAUAUAAAUAGGAUUACAGAGUACUAUGAAAAACAUAAGAAAGAACUUGAACCAUGCCAGAAAAAAGAUAUUCUGUGGAAGAAAAAUGAUGGUUUAAUGUAUACUAAAAUUCCUAGAUAUGUAGCAGAUAUAUCCGAGAUCAUUGAACUGGACCCUGAUCCUACGUUUAAAGGGAAAUAUAACUGGUACUAUACUGGAGGGUCGUUGUGCAAUGUUUUAUUAAAUGGCAAAAGGAUUUUAUUAUUUCCUUACAAUGGAGAAUUAGCGGCUGUUCCAAUUGUUGCUAACGAUGUUUCCUUGUGGAAACCUGAACUCAAGAUUGGAGCUAAAUGUAUCACCAAUGGAACCCUUUAUGAAUUAAAAUGUAGUUCCAGCAACAAUACAUGUCAACUUUUGGGAAGAUACAAACAUCAUUGUGUAUUAUAUUCCUUGGCUGAAUCUAAAAACAGAUUAAAACUCAUGGAAAUACACAAACAAAAAUCACAUAGUCCUUAUGUCAGUGCAGAUUUGAAUCUUCUAAAAGUCAAUACCUUUUAUACUGCUAAUACGGAUAGAAUAGUGACUUUGUGGGAUUUACUCAAAGAAAAAUGUAUAAACAGUGGACAGAUUGAUGAGACUAAAGUUCUGGAGGAUAAUUGGGGAAGCAUUAGAAGUCAAGAACAAGAUCCCAAUAUUCUUUUAUAUGCGGACAGAUGCUGUUUGCAUUAUUUAGAUACUAGGAUGCCUCUUAAACGUCCUGUUUUGAGUUUGUGUCCAAAAUCGAAUUUGGAAGAAUGCGAAAGUUUAUGUCUAACUCUUCAGUGCAGACUCGAUGCAUGUCAAUAUAUUGGAUCAUAUCACAGUUUAUUGCUUUGUGAUAGCAGGUCACCAAAAUCAUGCGUUCAGCAAAAGUGGACUCAUCAGUUUAAGAGUGCACCACUCAUUGGCAGCAUUUAUAACAGAAACGAAACAGAAAUCAUUGUUUUAUCUAGUCAAUUACCUAGAGAAAACACAAUAAUAUUGAAUACAUGGGAAAACACUGAGACUCCACAUUCUUACAAUUUACCGUACACUCCACCAAGUAUUUUAGACAGUUUAACAGCAAGUCAGCAACAAGGAAAAUGUUUAGAUCCGUCUAUGAGAAUCAGAGCUGAACUGUCUACCGCAGGCUCAUUGUUAAUCCCUGAUGGUAAUGGAGAUGUACACUUCUUUGUACAAAAUUCGAUUGGUGACAUAUUUUAUCAGGGUAUCACGCACGAGGAGGUAUUAAAUAAAUUCUCUAUAGGAAAUUGUAAUGCAUAUAUGGCUUUGGAAGCUUGGGAGAGGGCAAACCGAAGAUACAAUGAUACUGUAUUGCCUCUUGUUGUAUCUUCAAAAUUAUGUAUCGAUUAUAUUUAUGAAAGUUUGAAUAAUAAGAAAUUGCACUUAAAAAGAAAAGAGUGUCCGAAUGUGUUCAUUUAUGAACCAACAUGGAGGCAGUCUGUAACAAAGUUAAAUUCAUAUGUUGACAUAUUGGCACCUGAACUACUAUCAGCAUGGGAUAUUUCAGAAGAGCCUGUUACUGUUCCGUUGUCAGCCAUACCUUAUCAAAAAGUUUUAAAUUGGCUUGAAUCUUCGGAUACAAAGGAGCUUCCUGUUUCCCAACCAGAGGAAAUAGAUUGUACAUUUUCAGAAGUCAAUACUCAAGAAUUAGUUAGUGUAUCACAGGUAACAGACGUCACUUGCGUUCAAGAUAGUGCCAAUAUUCAGGAAUGUCUGUUUCCAUCUAGCAAUGUAAGACCAGUAAAAAAGAAUAUCAAAAAGAAAAGAUAUACGUCAGGAUUUUAGUACUUUAUAUUGUAGUAUAUGUAGGAUUAUAGACUUUUAUU